GUUCAAAUGGACUCUUCUUCUGAUUCCAGCUCCUACAACAUGGAGUCACCUGGACCUGGCCCCGGGUCUAAACCCAGACCUAAACCUGCUCCCAGCUCUGUGUCUCUGAAAAGUGACCGCUCCAAAGCCUAUCCUCCAGACUUUAGAGAAGCUCCUCCUGAAGACCAGAGGGAGCCAGGCACAAAGGAGCAGCUGGACGCCAUAUUCAGGCGUCUGGAGGAGGACGUCCUGACUUUUGUCAAAGAGCAGCUGCAGAGGCUCCAUGGGCUCCUGGCCUCAGAUUACCCAGAAUGCUCUGAGAGUGAGGAGGAGGAGCAGAGCAGCAGAGAGGCGGUUCUGAACAUCACCCUGGACUUCCUGAGGAGGAUGGACCAGGAGCAGCUGGCUCAGCGCCUACAGGACAGAAACACUGUUGGAGUUUGUAGAGAUAAACUGAAGAGGCAUCUGCAGCAGAGGUUCAGCCGAGUGUUUGAGGGCGUGGCUAAAGCAGGAGACUCCACCCCCCUGACCCAGAUCUACACAGAGCUCUACAUCACAGAGGGCGGAGCCUCAGAGGUCAACCAGGAACAUGAGGUCAGACACAUGGAGACUGCAUCCAGGAGACCGGCUUCUCCAGAGACCACCAUCACAUGUGAAGACCUCUUUAAAGCCCGCCCACAUUCACCAGAGCCAAUCAGAGCGGUGCUAACAAAGGGCGUGGCCGGCGUAGGGAAAACAGUGCUGACUCAGAAGUUCUGUCUGGACUGGACUGAAGGCAGAGCCAACCAGGACCUCCAGCUGCUGUUUCCGUUCACUUUCAGAGAGCUCAAUGUGCUCAGAGACACACAGUUCAGUCUGGUGGGUCUGCUGCACCACUUCUUCAGUCUAUCCAAAGGUCUCUUCAGCUUCCAACAGCUUCAAUUGCUUUUCAUCUUUGACGGUCUGGACGAGUGCAGACUUCCUCUGGACUUCAGCCGAACCCCAGUACUGACCAACCCCACAGAGUCCACCUCAGUGCAUGUGCUGCUGGUGAACCUCAUCAGGGGGAGCCUGCUUCCCUCCGCUCACCUCUGGAUAACCACACGCCCCGCUGCAGCCAAUCAGAUCCCUGCUGAGUUCGUCUUCAUGGUGACAGAGGUGCGAGGGUUCACUGACUCAAAGAAGGAGCAGUACUUCAGGAAGAGGUUCAGAGACCAGGUCACAGCCGUCAUCUCCCACAUCAAGAGCAUCCGCAGCCUCCACAUCAUGAGCCACAUCCUGCUCUUCUGCUGGAUCCUCUCCACAGUUAUACAGAAGCUUCUGGAACAGACACAGGAACCAGAGCUGCCCUGGACUCUCACACAGAUGUACAUCCACUUCCUGGUGGUUCAGGCCAAAGUCCAGAACAUCAAGUAUCACCAGGGAUCAGGGGUGGACGUUCACUGGACUCCAGAGACCAGGGAGAUGGUGCGGUCUCUGGGAAAACUUUGAGCAGCUGCAGAAAGGAAACCUGAUC